ACAACAAAAAAAACCAAACGAUAUAUAACAGAAACAAAGCUCCAGCUCUCUCUGUUCUGUUCUUUCAGGAUUUAUCGCACAUGUCGCUGCUUGUUGUUUCACAUGACAUGAAGGCGCUAACUCGAAUGCGAGCCAAAAAAUAAAACGAGAUUCUUAAGCAAACUCUUCCAUCCUCACUUCUGACUUUCUGUUUUUGUCAAAUACAUUUUAAAUACAAUCGUGAAUUUCUCUGGAGUUUUCAGGCUGAGCUCCUCUCCUCGUAUUCUUUAACCGCUCAUGUCCUCGUUGUUCUUGAAGCAUUUGCUUCUAUUUGUUAGCAUUUUUCUUGAUAGCGGGGAGACGGUAAUGCCUUUUAUCGAUUUCUCUGUUUGAAGAAGCAAAAACGGCGCAAAAAUUAACCAGAUUGAAGACAGAUGAAGCCUUGCUCGCAUGAAAGACGGUGUCUGUCUGACCCCAGCUGUAAUUAUCGCGCGAUGUCAUGCACAAGGGGUCUAUAAACAGUACGCGUACCAUACUACUACAGCGGGGGGAUAUAAAAUAACUUGCAAAGCAGUAAAUGAAACCGAGACUAAGAAAACAGCCAAGACAUAAUGGUGGAUCCGGAGUGAGGGACACUUUUAGGAACUGAAAUAGGUCAGUCCAUGAAAUGGGGUUACCAAAAUGUGACAUAGAGGGAGUCACUUAAAACAAUUUACAACUGAAAACAACUUAUUUCCAUGAAGCAUUGACCAUAUAAGAAAAUAUAACAUAGUUGUUAAGAUAACUCCUGCUCUACAAUGUAUGAUAAAAUCCAUAAAUAUUUACCCGGUUGCUAAUGUAACAAGGACACGAACGCAACAUGGUUUUAAGCGUAACUUUGCUGGACACGCUGAUAAUAUCACCUACCUGCUCUUGCUGGCCGCCAUUUUGAUGCCAUUGAUAGCGACGAGAGCACGUGUUGUGGUGUGUGAGAUCCCGCGAGAAGUUAUCUCGCGUCAGUUCAGCUGACCUAGAUUGAGUAAAUAGGUCUCGCAGGUUGUGAACGAACCAGGAAGUGAGUGGACGCUAAGUUAGGAUGUGAGAAAAAGCAUAGAUAAUUUCUUUUAUUGCCGUUUGUUUAAAUUUCUUUCUACCUACAUCGUUUUAUAGUAUAUUCUUCUUUAUAUUAAAAACAUCAAUCAUGAUUUCAACUCGUUUUAUCAUUUUUUAUAAGCCUGGUUUCUAACGUAACACGGUAGGACACCACAAUGUUACGUUCACGACCUAUUUUUAGUGGAUGAAUUCGAAGCUAAAUAGUUUAUAGAACCUUCUUAACUUUAUUAUGUGAGUGUAAAACUAAAUUGCAAGUACCAUGAAACUAAUUUUAUUGAAAUUCUCAGAAAGUAAUGAAGGUUUAUUUAAGCUCAAAGUCAGCAGAUAUUCCAUGUCACAAAAAACGUGUCAUCCGUGUCCAGUCACAGGGGAAGAAAAUGUUUCACAUUUCUUUAUUUCAAAAGAAAACUUCAUUUUUUUUUUUUUUAUUUUAUUUCUUCAAACAAUAUUUAUGGAUAAUCUGCUAAAUAUUUCUUUAAAUCAUGGAAAUUAAAGAUGAAAUGAUUAUGUAAACCCGGACCAAUGAAAAGUAACAUCAUUUCAUGGACUGACCCAAAUAAAAGAUCAAUUUUUGUGGUGCUAGUUCGUAAUAUAUGCCCAUUCCAACUUGCCUGGUCGGGCAUGUCGGGGUCAUAUCCCACUUGCCCGAAUGCAUGUUUCACUUGCCCCGGGCAAUCGGGCAGUCCUUAAUGUCGAGCCCUGCCUUGGUGUGAUCAGCUGUUCGUUUAGCGACAGAAUGAUGGAACUGUCAGUGCACGGUCAAAGGUAAACCUAUAGAUGGCAGUAAUGCGACACUGUGGAUGCCUGCUGCUGUAAAACCCAAAAGAAGAAGAAGAAGGCUGAGAUGGAGAAGUUGGCCUCCGUCGGCACCAUCAGCGGCCGAACCAUGUUCUGCCUCCUGGAUGCUCCAGCCAACGCCAUCAGUGUGUGUCGGGAUGCCACGCAGGUGGUGGUGGCCGGGCGCAACAUCUUCAAGAUCUUUGCGCUUGAAGAGGAAGGCUUCGCGGAGCGCCUGAACCUGCGCGUGGGCCGCAAGCCGUCGCUGAACUUCAGCUGCGCCGACGUCAUGUGGCACCAAGCUGACGACAGCCUCCUGGCUACAGCGGCUACCAACGGCGCAGUGGUGACCUGGAACCUGUCGCGGCCGUGCCGUAACAAGCAGGAGCACCUUUUCGCCGAGCACAAACGCACCGUCAACAAGGUGUGCUUCCACCCCAGCGAGGCGCACAUGCUGCUCUCCGGCUCCCAGGACGGCUUCAUGAAGUACUUUGACCUGCGCAAGAAGGAGAGCGUCAGCACCUUCUCCGGUCAGUCAGAGAGCGUUCGAGAUGUGCAGUUCAGCACGAAGGACUUUUUCACGUUUGCAGCGUCGUUUGAGAACGGGAACGUGCAGCUGUGGGACAUCCGCAGACCUGACCGUUAUGAGAGGAUGUUCACGGCCCACACCGGCCCGGUGUUCUGCUGCGACUGGCACCCCGAGGACAGAGGAUGGCUGGCAACGGGUGGGCGUGACAAGAUGGUGAAAGUGUGGGAUAUGACGACCAACCGCGCCAAAGAGAUCUACUGCGUCCAGACUAUCGCCUCGGUGGCGCGGGUCAAGUGGCGGCCAGAGCGUCGCUGGCACCUGGCUACGUGCUCCAUGAUGGUGGACCACAACAUUUACGUGUGGGACGUACGUCGACCCUACAUCCCGUUCGCCACCUUCGAGGAGCACAAGGACGUUGCCACAGGCAUCGUGUGGCGCAACCAGCACGACCCCGACGUGCUGCUGUCCGGCUCCAAAGACAGCACGCUGUACCAGCACAUGUUUAACGACGCUAGUCGCCCAGAGGUGCGCGCCAAUCCAGAGGGCCUAAGCUUUAGUCUGUUCGGAGACCUAGCCUUCGCCGCCAAAGAGAGCCUGAUGGCGGCCGAGGCUGGGCGCAAGCCGUGCCCAGGCGGAGACCGUCGCCUCCCGAUCUUCUUCUUCAAGAAGCAUGAUGUCAUGGAGCGCUUUGCACAGGUCUCCAGUAUGCUCAGCGUUUUCGAGUGCGAUCCGGACAACGGCACCAGGAUGGACUGGUUCAUCUCAACGGCGCGCAGGUACCAGCUGAGCGGGAGACCCUUCGCCGAGCUCUGCGACCACAACGCCAAGGUUGCCAAGGAGCUCAACAGGCCGCAGGUGUCGACCACGUGGACCAUGCUACGGAUAAUGUAUUCAGACCCGGGUCACCCAACACCACCAGCCAAUCACAACAUAAGCAAACUGGGUAACAUGCCUCUCAUGAACAGUUUCAGUUUGAAGGAUAUGAGUGCUGCUCUGAAUGAGAGAAACAAAGAGAAUAGACAGGACAACCUGCACAACCUGGAGACGAGCCUCAACAAUGAUGAGAACGAAGAGACGGAAGGCAGUGACGGUCAGGCCGAGUAUCUGUUUGGAGAGGCAGAGUUGGACGACGAUGACCUGUACAGCAUGGAGCACGACAAUCAGGCAGCAGAGGAGGCGGAGUUUUCUCUCCCCCAGGAGGCGUUCCCACUCCGGCACGAGAUCGUGGAACACGCGACAGCACCCGAGCUGCCGGCCGAGAAAGCCGAGUCCCCGCAGGCGAGCGGCGGCGAGACGGAGACCGUAUGCCUGACGCCCAUGGAGUCGUUCAGCCUCAUCUCGGUGUCGCAGCUGCUCUUUCAGCCACGCCUGCUGCCCGGCUUCUUCAACGCCAUCGUCAAGGACACGCUGGCUUACUACGCCGAGCAGGGUGACGUGCAAAUGGCCGUCUCUGCGCUCAUCGUGCUCGGCGAACGAAUCCGCAAGGAGAUCGACGAGCUCACACAGGAACACUGGUACAUGUCCUACAUUGACCUGCUGCAGAGGUUCGAGCUGUGGAACGUCAGCAACGAGGUGAUCAAGCUGAGCACGUGCAGUGCCAUCACAUGUCUGAACCAGGCGUCCACGACACUGCACAUCAACUGCAGCAACUGCAAACGACCCAUGAGCAACAAGGGCUGGAUCUGUGACAGGUGCCACCAGUGCGCAAGUGUGUGUGCCGUGUGUCACCAUGUUGUGAAGGGUCUGUUUGUGUGGUGUCAGGGCUGCAGCCACGGCGGCCAUUUGGAGCACGUGAUGGAGUGGCUCAAGAGCUCCAGCCACUGUCCUGCCGGGUGUGGACACCUGUGUGAAUAUGCCUGACACGCACACUAGUACAUUUUCGAAUGUCAGUGUGUACUUGAAUGAAAGUGCUGCUACAGACAAUAACACACCAGCCACACAAUGUAAGAUUUCUGUAAGAUUCCUGUAAGAUUCCCUUCUUGUGCUUUAAAAUGCUGUAUUGUCCAUUACACGUCUGAAGGGGAGGAAAACGUUGUAAAUAUUUUUCCACAAACUGCAGCAAUAAAGUGUGAUCCUUCCCUUUCCAUA